UUAUUCAUGCUGAAAGACUGCGUUUCUGGUAAUUAAUAGUUGAUUUAUGGCUUGUGUACAUAUAGCCUCCUCUCCUCCCUCUAUUAUAACAGUCCUGCAACAAAACCAUACAGAUACUUCCUCAAGCCGAUCUGCCAAUGGGCUCAAGUUCAAACAUAGAGGCAUUUGUGUUAGCAGACAAAUUCUUUUCAUGGCCAUCAAAAUUCGUCGAAAAGAAGUUUGUAGAGUGGCUGAGACAGUAAACAAGGACUCCAAGGAAGUGGAUAUGUUGUGGAAGGAAGUGCUUCACACAACCAAGGUAGAUUCACAAAUCUAUGUCAGACUUUUGCAGUAUUGCACUCGAGUGAAGUCGUUGGCCGAUGGGAAGAAAGUCCACACCCAGGUGAUUCGUUCUGGGUUUCAGUCGGAUACUUUUGUGCAAAGCAUUCUUCUAAAUAUGUAUGUUAAGUGCGCAAGUGUUUUGGAUGCGCGCGAUGUGUUUGACAAAAUGCCUGAUCGAAACGUGAUAGUCUGGACUACAAUGAUCGCAGGGUACGUUCAGAACGGAUAUUAUGAAGAGGCUUUGAAACUGUUGAGGCAAAUGAUGUGGGAAGGUGUCAGGCCAAAUCAGUUCACGUUGAAUAGUAUUCUUACAGCGUGCACUAGUCUGACCAUAUUUUCAGGUGGGAAGCAGGUCCAAGGUUAUGUUAUUAAGAGCGGAUUUGAGUUGGACGUAAGCGUGGGGACUGCCCUUAUUGAUAUGUAUGGGAAAUGCAAUACAGUAGAAGACGCACGCCAAGUGUUUGACAAAAUGCCUCAACGAAAUUUGAUCUCCUGGACUUCCAUGAUUGCUGGCUACUCUCACAAUGGUUUUGAGGAGAAAGCCCUGAAACUAUAUUGCCAAAUGCUAGGAUCCGGAGUAGAACCGAAUGAAUUUACUUGUGCUAGUAUUGUCAGGGCGUGUGCUAUGUUAAUAGCCCCGGAACAGGGCAAACAGCUCCAUACCCAUGUCCUCAAAUUAAGAUUUGACUCAGAUAUCCAUGUGGGAAAUGCACUUGUUACCAUGUAUGCUAAAUGCGGAAUACUGGAAGAUGCACUUCAGGUGUUUGAUAAAAUGCCUGAACGAGAUUCAAUUACAUGGUCUGCAGUAAUAACAGGCUGUGCUCAGAAUAGACGAGGAGGAGAGUCCUUGAUAAUGCUCCGUCAGAUGCAGGAGCUGGGAUUUCAAUCAAAUCAAUUCACUUUUGCUAGUACCCUUGGCGCUUGCGGCAGCUUGGCAUUGCUUGAACAGGGAAAACAAAUUCAUGCUAUCUGCAUAAAAAGGAUGUAUUGGUCAGAUGUGAAUGUGGAGAAUGCCCUUGUUACCAUGUACUCCAAAUGUGGGAGCAUGGAGGAAGCGCAAACUGUGUUCAAAAGAAUUUCUGUGCGAGAUGUGGUUUCAUGGAAUGCGAUAAUUUCUGCAUAUGCUCAGCAUGGCCGAGGCAAAGAGGUUUUUGAACUGUUUGAGCAAAUGCAAGGUUCAGGUAUAAAGCCUGAUGACAUCACUAUGGUUUGCAUUCUAGCGGCAUGCAGCCAUGUAGGGCUUGUAGAUGAAGGACUCGUUUACUUUGAUUCCAUGAAAGAUGAGUUUGGUAUUACUCCUAGGCUGGAGCAUUACGCUUGCAUAGUUGACAUUCUUGGUCGCGCUGGCCGCCUAAGUCAGGCAGAGGAAGUCAUAUCAAAAAUGCAUGUUAAACCUAAUGCAUUUGUAUGGAAACCCUUGUUGGGGGCUUGCUGUAUAUAUGGAAAUAUUGAGUUAGGAAAGGUUGCAGCAGAAUGCAUUCUUGAGUUGGAACCAGAAGAUCCAUCCACAUACGUUCUGUUGUCAAAUCUGUAUGCUGCAUCAGGAUGGUGGGAGGAGAGGGAAAAGAUAAGAAAAUUGAUGGACGACAGAGGACUGAAAAAAGAGCUUGGGCAGAGCUGGAUCGAGGCUGGGAACAGAGUGCAUACAUUUAUCGCAAGAGAUAGAUCUCAUCCCCAAACGAAGGAGAUUUAUUCACUGUUGAAAGAAUUAACCAAGCAAAUGAAAGCAGCAGGCUAUGUGCCCAAUACAAGCUUUGUGUUGCAUGAUGUAGAGGAAAAGCAAAAGGAGCACUUGCUCAACUAUCAUAGUGAAAAGCUAGCAAUUGCUUUUGGCCUUAUUAGCACACAACCCGGCAAACCUAUCAGAGUAGUCAAGAACCUUCGCAUAUGUGGAGAUUGCCACACUGCUGCCAGGUUUAUCUCCAAGCUGGUUAGGCGAGAAAUAAUAGUGAGGGAUACAAGCCGUUUUCAUCAUUUCAAGGAUGGCAUUUGUACCUGCGGAGAUUACUGGUGAUUAUGGAAAUUGUGUUUGCAUUUUUUGCAAUACUUGGCACUGAAUGCGAACAACCAUUCUCCUCUUUGUGCAUGCAUGUGCACGCUAACAUGGUAAAUACAAUUUCUUACUCUUAGCAGGAAGAGAAAUAAGGAAGAUUCAGUCAUUCUUUAUGGGUUGGUUUAAUGGUGGAGAAUUUGUAUUCUCAAAAGUGAGAUCACGAGUUCAAAUUCUGCAGGGUAAGGAAUGCACAUCUUGUUUGUAGCACAGUUAGGUGUCCUCUCCAUAGAAUACAGGAAAUCCCAUAUACUAUAAAUUAUCUAUAAACCCAAAAUAGAUUAUUUGAUAUCAUAAACUAUAAAAAGAUCCAUUUCCAUUUCAAUUAUUUUACUAUGUGCAUACAACUGCAAGAAUGUACAGGAGAAAAGUGCUAAUUUAUUCCCAGUGAAGCCUGGAUUAAAGCAUUUCUUUUUUGGAUUGCA